AUGUUAGAAGAGGGAGAGAUCCUCCCUGAAAUUUUCUUGGUUAGUGCAGUACCUAAGAAUUACCAGCAUAUCCUGGCCCUGGAGUUUGCAGUAAAGGAGAUCAAUGAAAACCCUCAGCUCUUAUCCAACGUCACGUUGGGUUUUAGCAUCUAUGACAGCCAUUUCAGUGCCAAGUGGACCUAUCAUGCCACAUUGCUGCUUAUAUCCACACUGAAGCGAUUUGUCGCCAAUUAUAUAUGUGACUUUCAGAAUAACAUGAUAGCAGUAAUUGGGGGACUUGAUGCCCAGACCUCACUCUACAUGGCAACUGUCUUGGAUAUCUAUAAGAUUCCACAGUUGCAUCACUUUCUGAGAGGUGUCUCAUUUAACAACAGUGCUGGAGACAAGGUGUCCUUUGACCAGAAUGAGGAAUUAAUAUUUGGAUUCGAUGUGAUCAAUUGGAUUGUUUCCUCCAACCAAUCCUUUCAUAGAGUGAAAGUUGGGAGGAUGGAUCCUCAUGCUCAUCCAGACCAAGUGCUCACUAUCAAUGAGGAUGCCAUAACUUGGCCCAGAUGGUUUAACCAGGCACAGCCACUUUCUGUAUGUAAUGAAAUUUGCCACCCUGGUUCUAGCAAGAAAGUGAAGGAAGGGGAGCCAUUUUGCUGCUACGAUUGCAUCCCAUGUCCAGAAGGGGAGAUUUCAGACCAAGAAGAUAUGAAUGACUGUCAUAAAUGCACAUAUGAAAGCUAUCCCAACAAAAACCAAGAUUUCUGUAUUCCCAAGGAGAUAAGCUUCCUAUCUUAUGAAGAACCUUUGGGGAUCACCUUGUCUUUUUUUGCUCUUUCCUUGACUUUGAUCACAGCUGUGGUGCUCAGAACAUUUAUGAAACACCAUAAUACUCCCAUAGUCAAAGCCAACAACCAGAACCUUACCUAUGCUCUCCUCAUCUCCCUCCUGCUCUGCUUCCUUUCUGCAUUGUUGUUCAUUGGCCAUCCUGAGAAGAUGACGUGUCUCCUCCGACAAACUGCUUUUGGCAUGAUCUUCUCAGUGGCUGUUUCAUGUGUCUUGGCAAAAACCAUCACAGUGGUUCUGGCUUUCAUGGCCACAAAACCAGGAUCCAGGAUGCAGAAGUGGGUAGGGAAAAGAUUGGCCAAUUCUAUUGUUUUUUUGUGUUCCCUUAUUCAAGUAGGCAUUUGUGGAGUGUGGCUGGCAACCUCUCCUCCAUAUCCAGAUACUGAUAUAUACUCAGUAGCAAAGGAAAUUGUACUGGAAUGUAAUGAGGGUUCUGUGACUAUGUUUUAUUGUGUCCUGGGCUAUAUGGGCUUCCUAGCCAUUGCCAGUUUAAUUAUAGCUUUUCUGGCCAGGAAGCUACCUGAUAGUUUCAACGAAGCCAAGUUUAUAACUUUCAGCAUGUUGGUCUUUUGCAGCGUGUGGCUAUCCUUUGUCCCAACUUACUUGAGUUCCAAGGGAAAAUACAUUGUAGCUGUAGAAAUCUUCUCCAUCUUAGCCUCCAGUGCUGGCUUAUUGGGUUGCAUCUUUGCCCCCAAAUGUUACAUAAUUUUGUUCAGGCCUUUGUUGAACAACAAAGAAAUACUGAUAAGAAGAAAGGAUUGA